GAGGGUACAAUUCCCAAACCAAAAAGUACGACACUGCAACGUUCUCCAUAGAAUUCUGUCAAAUUUCAAUUCAAAUCACUCCUUGAAUCUUCUGAUAAUAAGUGAUAUAUAAACGGUAAACCAAAAAAGGAAAAAGAAGAAAAAAGAAAUUAGAACCAUUACUCCAAUUUCACCUUCUUGUACAAUUCAUUGAUCAGGAUCUGAAAUUGUGAUCCGAAGAAAAGCACAAAAAUUUCAGAGGAGUGAGAGAGAGAAGUGAAAUGGCGGCGAUGGCGAGGGUAAGCUCUGGCCUCGCGUAUCCGGAGCGAUUCUAUGCAGCGGCAGCCUAUGCUGGUUUUGAUGGAUCUCCCGAUUCCUCUACUAAAGGUGUCAGCUCCAAGUUCUCCAACGACGGUGUUCUUCUACUUUAUGCCCUCUAUCAACAGGCAACUGUAGGACCUUGUAAGAUUCGUAAGCCUAGAAGUUGGAGUCCAGUAGAACAAAGCAAAUGGACGAGCUGGAAUGGUCUUGGAAACAUGGCUUCCACAGAGGCAAUGCGUCUUUUUGUGAAAAUAUUGGAGGAAGAAGAUCCAGGAUGGUAUUCACGGGCCUCAAAUUUUGUUUCAGAACCUGCAGUUCAGGUGGAAAAGAAUAAUGAUACAAUAGCUGAGCCGGUUACCGAAAAUGGAAUUGUUCUUCUUGAGACAAAAACUAUUCCUGCUGAAAAUGGGAACCUGUCAGAACCUCAGGAUAAAGAUGUUGUAUCAGAAGGCUUUGGUACAGUUGGUGUGUAUGACCAAUGGGUUGCACCUCCUAUAUCUGGUCCACGGCCAAAAGCUCGAUACGAGCAUGGAGCAGCCGUUAUUGAUGAUAAGAUGUAUAUAUUUGGAGGGAAUCACAAUGGACGUUACCUUAGCGAUCUCCAGGCUUUGGACUUGAGAAGUUGGACAUGGUCUAAAGUAGAGGUUAAAACAGCUGGCGAAGCUUCUCAAGUGCAAGUAGCUCCCUUUGCUGGCCACUCCCUGAUACCAUGGGAAGGAAAUAAGCUCAUUUCUGUUGGUGGACAUACAAAAGAUCCUGCUGAAACUAUGCAAGUGAAGGUGUUUGAUCUGCCAGCGCGUACUUGGUCAACCUUGAAGACUUAUGGAAAGCCGCCGUUAUCUCGUGGAGGUCAUUCAGUUACCCUUGCUGGGACAAGCUUAGUCAUAUUUGGUGGACAAGAUGCAAAUCGAUCUCUCUUGAACGAUCUUCACAUUCUAGACUUAGAAACCAUGACCUGGGAUGAAAUGGGCACAUUGGGAGUGCCUCCUUCUCCAAGGUCUGAUCAUGCUGCUGCAGUACAUGCUGAGCGCUACCUUCUUAUUUUUGGCGGAGGCUCACAUGCUACUUGCUUCAAUGAUCUUCAUGUCCUUGAUUUACAAACUAUGGAAUGGUCAAGGCCUACCCAACAGGGUGAAAUACCAAGUCCACGUGCUGGCCAUGCUGGUGUGACAGUUGGAGAGAAUUGGUUUAUUACUGGUGGAGGCAACAAUAAGAGUGGGGUCUCCGAAACUGUUGUCCUCAACAUGUCUACACUGGGUUGGUCCAUUGUAACAACUGUUCAAGGGCGUGUUCCCCUUGCUAGUGAGGGCUUGAGCUUGGUGUUAUGUUCAUAUAACAGUGAAGAUAUCCUAGUUUCUUUUGGGGGAUAUAAUGGGCGGUAUAGUAAUGAGGUCAAUGUGCUGAAACCGAGCCACAAAUCAACUUUGCAAUCUAAGAUGAUGGAGACUCCUGUACCUGAUAGUGUUUCAGCAGUACAAAAUGCUACUCAUGCCACAAGGGAUUUGGAGUCAGAGACUGUAACAGGGCAAGAAGGAAAUAUUAGGGAAAUUUCGGUGGACAACAUUGAAUCCGAGCCAAUGGUGAGCAAAGUUGAAGAAACUAGUGAACGGCUUUUAGCUGCCCUCAAAGCUGAGAAGGAAGAAUUAGAGUCAUCUCUCAGCAAAGAGAAGUUGCAGACGCUUCAGCUGAAGCAAGACUUGACUGAUGCUGAGGCUCGCAACACAGACCUUUAUAAGGAGCUUCAAUCUGUACGUGGUCAACUUGCUGCUGACCAAUCAAGAUGUUUUAAACUAGAGGUUGAUGUUGCGGAGCUAAAACAAAAGCUACAGUCUCUGGAAAGCUUAAAGAAAGAACUUGAGCUACUCCAGCGACAAAAAGCAGCUUCAGAGCAAGCCUUGAAUGAGAAGCGAAGGCAGAGCUCUGGUGGGGUAUGGGGAUGGAUUGCUGGAACUCCUCCUGAUCAACAAGAUGAUGCUUGAUGCAAUAACUUUGAUGAUAGCAAACCAGAUUUUUACCUUACUUUAUCCCCAAGAAAAAAGGUUUUUAAUUGAUAAAUUUGUUAUUGACAUAUUUUUUUUCGUUAGCUGUUCUUUUCAUUGAUAGAAUAAUAUAAGAGUCGAAAUUCUUUUAGGGUGGAGGGAUAGUGUCUUUGUAUCAGGGCACGCGGGAUUUUUGUUGUAUAAUUAUGAGUGGCUGUGAGUGCUACUUAUUUUUUGGUCGAAUUUUUAUCAAAACUUCCAGUUUCAGAGAGAUUAAUGGGUGACAAAGAAGAGAAUAACUUGUUAUGGGCUUUCAAGUAUUUACGGAUUUUGUAAUGUAUUUCGUCUUCACUGUA